UGUCGUCAUCGUCGGUUCCCCUGGGUGAGGCGGGGAGAAGGAGAGCCCCUUUACAGCCAGCAUUUCCCGUCCCUUUUCAGCGGGGCGGUUCUCGUCCCCCUCACUCGGUCCAGGAAGGGGUGUGUGGCCAUGGCAAGGAUGGUUUUAGGGGUGUCAAAUAGGCUUUAACCCCGCCCCCCAGACCUUAACUCCCUGCGAGAGGAGCUGGAGGCUGGUGCUCUCCAAAAUUGGGUCCGCGGCGAGGGGCCCGCAUCUCGAAAGCUGCAGCUGCAAAGGGAUGAUUUUGGGAUUGGCUUGCAAAAUAAAACAGCAGCAGCCUUUCCUCACCCCUCGAUAUAUGAAUGUUGCCUUGGAGAAGUGGGAACAGCGGAUCUCCUUGCUUGAGACUGCAGUCCACGUUGUGACUGAGGACGCCUUUUCUUGCUGUCAAGUGGAAUGUCAUGGCCAGCUCCUCGGACAGUGAAGAUGACAGUUUCAUGGCUGUGGACCAAGAAGAAACUGUGCUGGAAGGGACAAUGGAGCAAGACGAGGACCCCCACCCAGUACUGGAUGUUGAGGAGCCUAGACAUGACAGAUCCAUGUCUGAGCUGCCAGAAGAGGUCUUGGAGUAUAUCCUGUCCUUUCUCUCACCGUAUCAGGAACAUAAAACCGCAGCCCUUGUCUGCAAACAGUGGUAUCGACUUAUCAAAGGUGUGGCCCACCAGUGUUACCAUGGUUUCAUGAAGGCUGUCCAGGAAGGAAACAUUCAGUGGGAGAGCCGGACUUAUCCUUAUCCUGGAACCCCAAUCACUCAGCGGUUUUCACACAGUGCAUGCUAUUAUGAUGCUAAUCAGUCUAUGUAUGUGUUUGGAGGCUGUACCCAGAGCAGCUGCAAUGCUGCCUUCAACGAUCUCUGGAGACUUGACCUCAAUAGCAAAGAAUGGAUCAGACCUCUGGCUUCAGGGUCCUACCCUUCCCCAAAGGCCGGAGCAACCCUGGUCGUGUACAAGGACCUGCUAGUGCUCUUUGGUGGCUGGACACGGCCAAGCCCUUAUCCUCUACACCAACCGGAGAGAUUCUUUGAUGAAAUACACACCUACUCGCCCUCUAAAAACUGGUGGAAUUGCAUUGUGACAACCCAUGGGCCACCUCCCAUGGCUGGCCACUCCUCCUGUGUGAUAGAUGAUAAAAUGAUCGUCUUUGGUGGCUCUUUAGGAUCCCGGCAAAUGAGCAAUGAUGUCUGGGUCCUUGACCUCGAGCAGUGGGCAUGGUCCAAGCCGAACAUCUCUGGCCCUAGUCCUCAUCCUCGAGGUGGCCAAUCUCAGAUUGUCAUAGAUGAUGCAACUAUCUUAAUCCUUGGAGGGUGUGGUGGUCCCAAUGCUCUAUUUAAGGAUGCUUGGUUGUUGCACAUGCAUUCAGGUCCCUGGGCCUGGCAGCCACUCAAGGUAGAAAAUGAAGAUCACGGGGCUCCAGAAUUGUGGUGCCAUCCAGCCUGCCGGGUGGGACAGUGCGUGGUGGUCUUCAGCCAGGCUCCUAGUGGGAGAGCCCCCCUCAGCCCCAGUUUGAACUCUCGUCCAUCACCUAUUAGUGCCACUCCUCCAGCCCUGGUCCCCGAAACCCGAGAGUACCGCUCCCAGUCUCCAGUAAGGAGUAUGGAUGAAGCGCCAUGUGUUAACGGCCGCUGGGGAACACUGAGGCCCAGGGCUCAGAGGCAGACUCCCUCAGGUUCCCGGGAAGGGAGCCUCUCCCCAGCCAGAGGAGAUGGCUCUCCCAUCCUCAAUGGCGGGAGUUUAUCUCCAGGAACAGCAGCUGUUGGUGGUUCUUCCUUGGACAGCCCUGUACAGGCCAUAUCACCAAGCACUCCGUCUGCCUCUGAAGGAUAUGACUUAAAAAUGGGACUUUCUUUGGCCCCCCGACGAGGGUCUUUACCAGAUCAAAAAGAUCUGAGAUUGGGGUCAAUAGAUCUGAAUUGGGACCUGAAACCUGCUUCUGGUAGCAAUCAUGUGGAUGGUAUGGACAACAGGACGGUUACAGGGAGUGUGAGACACCCUCCAGAACAGACCAAUGGUGUCCAUACCCCUCCACAUGUGGCCAGCGCCCUUGCAGGGGCUGUCUCCCCUGGUGCCCUGCGUCGGAGUCUGGAAGCCAUCAAAGCAAUGUCAUCCAAGGGCCCCUCAGCCUCUGCAGCACUAAGCCCUCCUCUUGGGUCUUCUCCAGGCUCCCCUGGGAGCCAGAGCCUGAGCAGUGGAGAAACAGUGCCCAUACCCCGCCCAGGGCCUGCCCAAGGAGAUGGACAUUCCUUACCCCCCAUUGCCCGCCGCCUGGGCCACCACCCUCCACAGUCCCUCAAUGUUGGCAAACCCCUGUACCAGAGUAUGAACUGCAAGCCCAUGCAGAUGUACGUGCUGGACAUUAAAGACACCAAGGAGAAGGGGCGGGUCAAAUGGAAAGUGUUUAAUAGCAGCUCUGUGGUCGGGCCUCCUGAAACCAGCCUGCAUACAGUGGUACAAGGCAGGGGCGAACUCAUCAUAUUCGGAGGACUCAUGGACAAGAAGCAGAAUGUGAAGUACUACCCAAAAACAAACGCCUUGUACUUUGUACGAGCAAAGAGAUAAUGUGUUCAAAACCCCUUUCCCCUCUGUGGCUUUUAAUUUGGAAUUUUCCAGUGUGUGAGCAUUUGGACUGAGAAUUGGGAAAACAGCAUUACUCCCCAAAACCAAAACUCCAAUUCCCAGCCUACUCAUGCCGGGCUGGGAUCAAAUCUCCAUUAAGAAAAAAAUUAUAUAUGAAAAAAAAAAUAUAUAUAUAUAUUAUAUAGCCAACUUUGUUUACAAAAAAGGGAGAGAGCUCCGUCCUGUUCAGAUAAAAUUGUUGCUGUGUUUUAGCAGAGGCUGUGCUGCCUUUUUCUACUUUGCUGUUAAAUAGACCAAGAAGUUAGGGAACAGACUAACAAUCGGUAAUGUUCCAAAAGAAACUGAAGAGCCCCUGUAAAUCUUUACGUGGCCUUCUCAGAAUUAGAAAACGGAAGGGCAUAGACAAGAUGCAAAGGAUUUCAGCCCCCGCCCCCGUGCUACAGGUGCUGGCAGGGUAAAAGUAACUUAAAGAAAACUGUCCUUCCCCUUCUCUUAAAACCGCAGAGGACCUGUGACAGCUCUGCAGAGAUGCCCUGUAUCUGGUUUCCUUCUGCCCUCUGACUGAGGGAAGUCCCUCAGCAGGGGAUCUGUUCCACAUGUGCCAGGAUCAUCUUGAAAUAGUGUUUCCGACAUCUGUCUGCCUAGUGUCCAUUGGUCUUUUGAGUGCUCCCUGCAUGUCUCAGAAAACGUGGUAUCUGAUUGUGGAAUUUUCUGACAAUCGUAUUUGGUUGCAAGUUGCCAAAAACCAUAUUUGUUCUCCUUUUCCUUCUUUAGAAUCAGUCCUCCUUGCUGCCUUACCCUGUUUAUAGGCUGCUUUAUUCCCAACCACCCCCAUUUUGUUUGUUUGCAUAUGGAUUUUUUUAAAGCUCUGAAACCUUUCUCACUGUCUUUUCUUUUACAAAGCUCGGGUGCCUGGAGAAAACAGAACACUUUCCCUGGUGUUACUAGGAGGCCAGUGUCAUGAAGAAUCCUUAAACCCUCAAGACACUGGGUUUCCCCUGUGGGCUUCUCUUACUUCCAAAGCACAUUGGGCACACCUGUCCAUGUUUGUGGAAUGUGAAAUUUGAUCCUGGAAGGGAAUCCUCACAAUAGUUCCUUCCAGAAAUGUUUUUUCCCCCUGUGACAUGUCAUCUGCCUGGCGACUGGGUUGAGCGUCAUGUUCUUGACCUUUGUGACACAUGGCUGACCUGGGGAGCAGAUCCAUCCUCUUAUUCAUGCAUCACCCAAGCAGGGCUUGGACUUAGACUUUGCUUCAUUUCUGAGAUAAGGUGCACCCUAGUAGCACAUUUUUUUGGUUAAAACAGAAAGUUGCAGGUCACUAGUCUAAACCAAGGCCUGGACAUAGGAGAUGUCAAAGUAAGUUUAUUUCAAGUGGCACCAUUAAAAUAUGGAUUUUUGGCAAUUUAUCCUCAGUGGAUAAAGGACUUUAAUUUUGUCCUUAGGGCCUAAAUUUUAAAACAUGUUUCUCACCCCCACGCUCGUUUUCUUGUUAGCAUUUCCCAAGCACAGACCAGGGCUGCAGCUGGCCCUGAGUCCUGGCUCUUAGCCAGCACUUAGCCGUCUGAUAAGUGUUUUCUCCGGUUACAUCAUGAUGAACCCUUCCCUUAGCCAUUUGCUCUGCCUUCGUGGUCUUUGUGGGACAGGCCCCUUGGUGCCAAGCCCAGCAAAGGCCCUUUCAUAGGGAGAGGUAUGUGUUCCAGAAACUGCUGUACGUGCUCCCUCAGAUGAGGAAACGACCAUGUGCCUACUUCCUGCAGUAUCCCACUACUCCAAGCCACGUACUCGGCUUUCCAACUCCCCCGCUCUGCAGCUGUGGCCAGUCCCUCCCUGGCCAAGACCAUCUAAUCAUGUGGGGUCUUGAUUCACAAAGCGAAGCCAGCCCAGAAGAUCAGCAAUUUCUGCAUUGCUGCUGCUACUGCUGCUGCUGAACCUUGGUCAUGACAUUGUGUUUGUGCAUGGACAGUGCCUCCAAACUUAGUCCUACUUCGAUAUCAACUACUCGGAAGCCUGAAAAUUCAGAAUCUCCACUUUGUAAUCUUUCCCUUUGUCCUGUGGCCUUCUUAACCUAGCUGUAAGCUGUUGGUUCCUUCUACUUUCCCCAAGUAGCAGGCAGCGGAAAUGCUGGUCCUCUUAGAAAAUAACCCAGUUGCUCUGAACUCCAUGGCACCCCAGUGUUACCCACGCUGCUGGGAACCAGACUGUCCGUUUACAGCCCUGAGAGAAAAAUCUGCCUCAUCCGCACCCGGUGGCUCCUGGGCACUGAGGGCCUUUGCUGUGGGAAGGCGACUCAGCACAGUCAAGGUGAUGGUCUCCUCAGCCCUGGCAAGGCCACACGCACAGUGAGACUUCAGGUGUCUCGGCUGAGGUGAGUGUGCCCACAGUGUCCUCAGAUCAGAUUUGACCACGACUCCGUUUCGAUGGUGAUAACAAUUUUGUCUUAAAAUUGACUGAAAGAAAGGAGACAAAAUACUUUUUUUAAACCCUCAGGAGCACCUAGCAAAUAUUUAACAGUAUUUAAGUAUUUAAAAUACAUCUUGUUUCUACUUGAAGCUUUAACCCUUCCAUUCCUGCAAGUGUGCCUUUGAGAGCCCCAGGUGAUAACUGUCUUCACCCGUCACCACAUUGACCUCGUGUAGGAAUUUUAGUCUCUUCUACCUUCUUGAACAGAGCUUCCUGUUCUCAUCCCACAUCGUGCAGCGGAGAGCGUUUUGUGUUGUCCCAGUUUCCACCCUUCCUCCACACUUGGAUGGUGGACUCUUCAACCCUGCCCUGCCCCCAUAUGUGGGAGCACCAAUUAGGUGUCAAAAGAAGUUUAAAUUUUGUUUUUAAGGCAAUACUGGGCUUACUCUCCUCCUACCCUCUGUGGGUUUGAUUUUAAUGUUUGAGUUGCAUAGCAAGAGCUGAAACCAUGAACUGUGUGGGAACUGUGUUGUAACUCUAAAGAAGAGGAGGAAGAAAGAAAUCCAUAUGAGAUGCUUGACUUUGAGGACAGAAAGCCACUGGCCUACGGAGAGCAAGGGGACAUCCCCUUCCUUCACCUUGUCUUUCUGGAUUUUCUUCUGCUUCGCUUGCUUCCUUCCCUUUCAAAGUGAUGUACCUGGUUGGUUUGUCUGUCCGUCCUUGUCCUUGUGGUGGUCCUGGCAUGGUGAUGUGCUCUGCUUUGCAUUAUCUAUGGUCUCACCAGCGCACAAGUCAGUGGGGAGGAUCUGAACGUGCCCGGGGGCCAGGAAGCCUAUGCUCUGGCAGCCUCCCUGGAACUGCAGAAGGCAUGUUCUGCAUGUCACCAGUGUGUGGCUCCCUUUCACCCUGUUCAUCGUGAACGUGAGCAGACCUUAGUGUUGGCUCUGGUGUACUCUCUCCCUGCUCUGCUCCCCUCCCACCAACCAGGGUUCAUGUCAGUGCACCCAUCGUGCCUGGCGAAGCUGGUGCUGUGAGUGAUGUUUCCCAUACGACUCAGGGCUGCCAGGUGGCUCCCCCUGAGACAGUCAUUUUAGGCACAUAACAGUGUAGGAAUGAAAUGGAUUUCAUGGAUAUUUAAAUCUGUCAAUUUCAUUUUUUGUUAAUGUUUCCCCCAAUGACUUUUUAGCAAUUUAACAAAUAAAACAAAAUGGACAGAA